CACAUGAUCACGUUGGAAACCAGGAAGUCAUGGGUUGUGUAGAGUGAGAGAAGAGGAACAGAUGAGUUAAUUCCAGUGUCGACCAUGUCUUUUCACAAAAACAGCCCGUUUUUUGUUUUGUUAGCAUUCAAUAUUUACACUGCCGUGUCCAGCGACGGAGUCAACGUCACCGCUUCAGACUCAGCGGACAAACUGAAGCAAAGCCCGCCUUCCAGCCCCGCUGCUGGGGCUGUUGUGGUGAACUCUCCGCUGUUUAAACCCGCUGUGAACUCCCCUUUUUCCAUCAGUCUGCUGUCUUCCUUUCCAGAGGACCUGGAGAUCAGCGACUACUGCAGCGACCUGCUGCAUAUAUUUGGACAGCGGUAUGUUGCCUAUGUGAACUGCCUGGUUCCUGCAGCCCGACCUGUGAAAGUCUGUCAGAGCUGUUUCUCCAGUUAUGGCAGCCUCAGGGAAAUCUACACCAACAUCUCCUCAGACCAGAUGGGUCCUGGCAAUGUGAGCUGCAGGGACAGCCUGCUGCGCAGUGAUCGGCUGAUGCUGGUUUAUUUGCUGUUCAGCAACCUGAAAGACAUCUGGGACACAUCAGCCUGUCACAACUGCAUCACUGAAGGUUUCCAGAGCCUGACCAAUGACACGCUGUACUUCAUGAGCACGCUCAACCAAACUCUCACCUGCUUUGAAAAGUAUCAACAGGGGAACCACACGGAGCUGUGCAAAGACUGCAAAAACACAUACAGAGGCCUGAAUGAGCUGUACGGCAGGAUGGAGAUGAAUCAGACGAUGUGUAUUGACAUAGAGGAUGCGAUGAACAUGACUCGCAGACUUUGGAGUAAAAACUUCAAUUGUUCCUUCCCCCGUGAGGAGACGGUGCCUGUCAUCGCAGUGUCCAGCUUCAUGCUCUUUCUGCCCAUCAUCUUCUACUUGAGCAGCUUCCUUCACUCUGAACAAAAGAAACGCAAGCUCAUACACCCCAAACGGGCAAAGUCAUACACCAGUCUGAUGAACAUUCAGGACAAACUGAGCUGAAGAGGAGACAGGUGACGACUGAAGCUGAAGACUGCACUUUUUUUAUCAGAACCUGGGAGAAGAUUUGAGUUGUGACUGAGGUUUGAAUGUAGAUGACAACAUCAACAACAGCAUUCUCUGUUUUGCUUUUUCAGGAGGCUGUGAUACCAAUCAGUAUUAGGAGCAAUUUAAGGAUCUAGAUACGUGGAAGCAAAAUACUUUGGGCACAUUAAAUGUUUUCUUUAUGUUCCUAAAUCAUUCUUCUCCACAUGGUAAACAUAAAACAAAAACCUUGAAGAAUUCAUUUUUUCAUAGAUUUUAUGAGCAAAACAAGCAGACGGAUACUUAAAUCUGGCUCUUACUGCCAUUUUUUUGAAAUGGGAUUUAUUUGGUAAGAUUUUGGGACAUUUUAGAUCUACAUUAAGCGGUACAUGUUAUUUGAAUCAAAGUCCAUCUUACUUUCGAAAUUACUAAUCAGGUGGUUGUUUGUGUUGCUGCACAGAUCCCGGCCUCUCUUUCCCUUUAGUCAUUAACAAUCCUCAGGUUGUUCAGUGCAUCCUGCAGCCUGAGACGCAUAGCUGUCACUAGGAAGAGUGAGUGACGUGUGUGUGUGUGUGUGUGUGUGUGUGUGUGUGUGUGUGUGUGUGUGUGUGUGUGUGUGUGUGUGUGUGUGUGUGUGUGUGGGUUGAGAAAUGGGUUUUCUGUCUCUAAUGUAUGUCCAGAAGAGAGCUUCAGAAAAGGAAGCACUUGAUGUCCAUUAGUGGUGACAUGUAUCUGCUGUAAGAAGAGGGGGUGCACAUCAGUGAGGGGGGGGGAGUAAACACAGACACAACACACAUAAUGUAAAAGCACUCCAGAGUACCACACUGUAACGCUACCUGUUUUCCAGUCAGAGUUUUUUUCUUUUUUUAUUCAGUUGCAUAAAGCUUUUAAUGUGCUUUGUUGUUGUUUCCCGCUGAUGUUUAACUUAAUUUGUUAUGGGGUUUCUGACUGUUUAUGGCAGUGAAAUCUCCUUAAUAUCCACUUUAUGAGUUCUGAGUGUUGAACUGAUCAAUUUGCCCAUUAGAAAUGCAUUUGCUGUGAAGUAAUUUAAACCUUGAUUUUAAAUGCAUAAGCUCAAAUAAAUACUUUUAUGUCAUAAA